AUGGAAUUUGUAAAUAAAACAAUAGUAACAGAAUUCAUUCUUUUAGGAUUUUCUGGUAUUGAAAACCAAAAAAUACAUUUGUUUGUUACAUUUUUAUUGAUCUAUAUUCUUACUGUAAUGGGGAACAUAGUUAUCAUUGCCAUUGUCUACAGUAAUUCUCAUCUCCAUACACCUAUGUAUUUCUUUUUAAUGAAUUUGUCAUUGUUGGAGAUACUCUAUACAUCUAAUAUCAUUCCCAGGAUGCUAUUUAAUAUCAUCACACAGAAUCAAGCUAUAUCCUUCACUUGGUGCAUUAUACAGCUUUACUUCUUUGGAUCUCUGGGUUCUACUGAAUGCAUCCUCUUGGGGGUUAUGGCAUAUGACCGGUAUAUAGCCAUUUGCUAUCCCCUUCACUAUUUUUUACUUAUGAAUAAUAAAGCAAGUCUACUGUUGUCAUUUUCUUCAUGGACUGUAGGUUUUAUAGCAACAUUUGGGGCAAUUAUUUUGGUUUCUCAACUCUGGUUCUGUGGUCCUAAUGAGAUUAAACAUUUCUAUUGUGAUCUUAGGCCAGUUCUGCAACUCUCUUGCAAAAACCCAUUUAUAAUGGAAACGGUUUCAGUGAUUUUGGCUUCAAUAAUCCUUUUAGGCACCUGUCUCUUUACUCUUGUAUCCUAUAUACAUAUUAUUUUAACUAUAUUAAAAAUUCCCUCUUUUGAAGGUAGGCAAAGAGCUUUUUCAACAUGUGGAGCACAUCUCACUGUAGUGAUCAUUUUUUAUGGGGCUAUGAUAUUUAUGUAUGUCACUCCAGUUUCAGUCAAUAGUUUCAAUUUGAAUAAAGUCCUAGCAUUGUUAUACACAGUCAUGACUCCAUUUAUAAAUCCUUUUAUCUACACAUUAAGGAAUAAAGAAGUUAGGCAAGCUCUUCAAAAGUCGACACUGAGGUUGAAGAUGUAUUUGAUAUGUGUUAAGUAG